AUGAGCAGAGCAACAUGCAAUAUGUACCAUCUAAAUCUUCAUUUUUUUGGGGGACUUUGCUACGAGCUUCCUGCUGAUUUCAAGAAGCAUUAUUUCCAGAUCUGUGCUCACGAAGGUCAGGAGGAGGCCAGCGAGUGGCUCACCAAGGCAAAAGCAGAGGCUGAGGGGCGAAAAGCAGCCGACCGGGACAUCAUGGAUGCAAUUGAGAAGCGGAAGGUUUCAGUCGAGAAACAAGUGGCCGUGCACGAGAGCAAGGCGUUGAAGUACUCGGCCUACAUGAAGGCCUUGGAAUCCAGCCCAGAUGGUUCCAGAGGCCAGUACCCAGAAGGCGAUCCAUGCCCUUCGUGCAAGGAGAAGUGCCCCGAUGCGACGGAGGAAAAUGGCACCAUCGUGCAGAAGGACAAGAAGGGCAAGGAAUAUGCUGGGUGCUCCACCUUCGUGCCGGGGAAGAAGAAACAGCGAUGCGGUUUUUACAGGCUCCCGUCGGACUUGUGA